AUGAAGUCCCUGGUCCUGCUCCUCGUGGUGUCUGUGGGUGCAGCCAGCGGUGCCGGCUUAUCCCGGGCCGUGUGGCAGUUCCGCAACAUGAUCAAGUGCACCAUGCCGAACAGCUAUCCCCUGCUGGAAUAUGCUGACUAUGGCUGCUACUGCGGCUUGGGAGGCAGCGGGACACCGGUGGAUGACCUUGACAGGUGCUGUCAAACACACGAUAACUGCUACUCGCAGGCAAAGAAGCUAGAAUCAUGCAGAUUCCUUGUGAACAACCCCUACACAAACUCAUACAGCUUCAGCUGUUCCGAAGGGCAGAUUACAUGUAAAAGCAGCAACAACGAGUGCGAGAUGUUCAUCUGCAAAUGCGACCGCACCGCCGCCAUGU